GUGAUUUCCGGUGUGUAUGUAGAUACUUUCUGCAAGAAGUAACCCGACUGCCAUUUCAGAAUUUUAUUUACAGUUUAUUGAUUAAGUGUCGCUUUAAGAUGAAUGAAGCUAUGAACAGACUUCAAAAUCUCUGUUUGUCAGAGACUUCUGCAGCAUCCCUUGCAAAAGUUGAAGAGGAUUAUGUACUAGACAUUGCCUCGCAAAGGUCAGGAAAUCCUGAAGACCGACUUCUGGCAGCCACCAGCAGUAAUUUCACAAUUAGACUGAUGUCCAGAAAUAGUCUAGCAAACUAUGGUGCAAUAAAGGGUCAUACAGAAGUAAUUACUGGGAUAUGUUGGGGAAAUACUGAACCAAACCUACUGUAUUCCUGCUCCUUAGAUAAAACUGUCAGAUGUUGGGAUUGUAGAACAAAAUUAAGCAAAGAAGUCCAGAAAUAUAAAGGUUCAGAUGAAACAAACAGUCUGUUCAGCUGCCUGGACGUUAACGCUACAGAUGAACUGUUGAUUGCUGGCCUUGAAGCAGAUAAAGACGGCAACGCUUUCAUUCUUUUCUGGGACAGAAGAAACUCAGAGUUGAUGGGAGCAUACAGUGAAUCUCAUCAGGACGACAUCACCCAGGUAACAUUUCACCCGACAAAGCCAAACCAGCUUGCGACUGGUUCUACAGACGGACUGGUGUGUGUGUUUGACCUGUCAGAGGAUAGCGAAGAUGAUGCACUAUCAUACACGUUCAACACGUGUUCCACAGUGGCGCGGGUAGGAUGGUGCGGGGCAGGAAGGGACCAUGUGUACUGUACAACGCAUGUCGAUGGUGUCCAUGUCUGGGAUUCAGUGGAGGGUGACCUUGUUGGAGAAUGGACAAACAUCAAGGAAGAAUUGAAGGAGGAUGGUGGGGUUGACUAUGUUGUCGACUGUUUCCCUGGUGACGACAACCAGUUAUACACCCUCACUGGGACAAACAGUGGUUCCCUUCAGAUUGCAGAGCUGGGUACCGACCAGCCUGUAAAGCGUGUCUGCUGUCUGUCGGGGGGCCACAAAGCUGUAGUCAGGUGUGCCAACUGGGAUAAUCAGAUGUCCACACUGGUGACUGGGGGUGAAGACUCGUUACUGUGUUCAUGGUCGUCCACUCCUGCUGUUUCCAGCCCAUCUAAACACUCAUCCAGCAAGGCGAAGAUCAAGGACAGAAGAUCAACACCUAGAAGUAGACCAUACAAGAGAUGAUAGUCGUUAUUUUUAGACUUAUGACAUGGUUUUUAUUGUGAUUAAAAUAUUGAAGCUCUGAUGGUUAUUGAAAAACACAUGCAACAAGCAAAGGAUGUUCACAUGUUUCUCGUAAAAUCUAAUAUUAAAGCAAGAAACAGAUUAUGGAACAAUACAUGUGCAUGUAUAAACAAUUCUAUUAUUAUAGGUUUAUAAUUAGACUGAUUAGAAUGAUGAAUUACUGCAUUUGCCCUAACAUUGUAUUAAUUACAACAAUCAAGGCAAGGCCUUUUUGCCCUGCUUUCAAGCAUACAUAAACUGCUUCAUUUUCUGUGCAAGUUACUACCAGCUCGGUUCAAGGUCAAGGUCACACUUGGGGGUCAAAGGUCAUGAUUACAUUUCAUGUCCAUUCUCUUGAGCCGCUAGAAGGAAUUUGAAAUUUCUUGCCACAAACUCACCAUAUUGAGAUGAUGUGCUGAGUGCAUUGUACAACCAGCUCGGUUCAAGGUCAAGGUCACAGUUUAGAGUUCAUAUGAAUAUAUUUCGUGUCCGUUCUGUAUCUCUUGAAUCCCAUGAAGGAUUUUGAAAUAACUUGCCACAAAUGUACAACAUAUUGAGACGAUGUGCAGUAUGCAUGCUACAACCAGCUUGGUUCAAGGUUAAGGUCAUACAACUAUAAUAUAUGACUACAUUUUGUGUGCGCUCCUUACCUCUUUAACCUGAAAUAACUACCCUCAAUUUUUUUCUAUUUCCAAAUGUCAUGGAACCUGAAAUAACUACCCUCAAUUUUUUUCUAUUUCCAAAUGUCAUGGAACUGAAUGAGUCAACUCACUUGCCACAAAAAAUCUAUUUCUAAAUGUCAAAUGUCAUGGAACUGAAUGUAUCAACCAUGGGGGGAGUUUUUAUUACAAAAACAUCCGUCCAGUUUCUCAAUUACUUGACUUUCAUUGACUUUACUGAAUAAAACAAACCUUCAUGUUAAAAAAUCAAAACCUUUCUUUUAAUUUGACUGUGAAAACAUAAGUACAAAUGGAAAUGAUUUAUGAUGUUAUAUGCAUACCAGCCAUGUGAUUUGUGUAUAUGCAUACCAGCCAUGUGAUUUGUGUAUAUGCGUACCAGCCAUGUGAUUUGUGUAUUUGCAUACCAGCCAUGUGAUUUGUGUGCUCAUUUGUAUAGUUGUUUUCUAAUUGUAACAAGUGUCACGUUUAAUAUUGAUAGAAUUAUGCCUACUGAUGGCAGACAUUUACAAUUAACAAAAUAAACCUCGUUGCAGCUGAAUACAUUUGUAUUACACAACUGGCUGCAAAAUUAAUAAUGAGGCAUUUCAAAUCGUACUGUUAUUGUUGUUGCUAACAAAUAUUUUAUAAAAAAGAGUUAAAUGAAUGUAUAUUAUACUCUAAUAUUCAAUUGGCUAAUAAUACAUCUCAAGAAACUAGACAGUUUAAACAACUUACUAUUAUUUUUCCUGAUUUUAUAUAAUAACACGAAGACAUAAGAUAAUAAAUUAGUGGUAUAUUUUUAAAAAGUUCGGACAAUAAAACAUUGUCAAAAUAUAAUAAACUAUGUUUUGACAAAUGAUA